UUCUACUAAUAAAAAAUUCUGAGUGUGCUAUGUUUGCAAUUCAUUUUGAAUGUCCUUAUUACAUUAUUCGUGACAAUUUAUUUCACUUUUAUAAAACCCUUUUAUACUUGUUGGCAACUCUUAAAGUCCUUCGGUACGACACUCUGGAGGUUGAGUGAGCUAAGCCGACAAACUUUAUACCCGCUGCAGCUGUCGCCAUUAAAAUAUAUUUGCUUGUAUUAGUGAGUCUGUUUGGUGAUCGUCCUGCGUCGCUAAGCAUUUUUUCUAGGAAGGCAAAUAAUCCUGUUUAUUCUAUUGUUGCAUUCACUGCAAUGCCAUCCCGUUUAAAAUUUUCGGAAAGGUUAUAAAAAUUAAUAGCUAGAAAUUUGUCUAUCUAUAUUAGUACAUAACAUCUGUUCGGUUGUCUGUCUGCUGGCGCAGUGUAUACCUACAUAUAGUAUUUUGGAAUAAUUUUUUUAAAAAUGAUCACUACAUUUUUUCUAAAGUGGAAAAUGAAUUAAACCUUUGAAUAAAAACGCAGCAACUGUGUAAAUAUCUACGUUAAAGCUAAACCAACACAUUUUUUACAUACAAGCACUGUAAAUUAGAAAUUAAUCGGUCGAACGUAAGCAGAUAAAAUUCAUUUACAAGGAUUAAAGAAGCAAUAUUGGUCAUUUGGCUCACCUGCUAAAAUGGCCUCUUCUCCUACCCCAUCAUUGGACUCCAUACGUGGUACUAAUUCCAUAGAAUCUUACGGCGAACACACAGGAUAUUUAUCUGACUCCCCACUUACACUGAGCGGCUCAUCACCACCAGUUAGUGACUCAGCCAUUUGUGACGAAUUUACCAGCUCCUCAGGAUCCGUUAGUAAUCAGCAUCAUCCCAUUUCGGCUUCAGUAUCAUCUUCUUCGUCGUCGUCGUCUAGUAGCGGUCUAAGUGGUUGCGGCAGCACAAGUAGUGCUAAUAGUAAUAAUAGUUGCAGCAACAUAAAUAACGGUAGUAGUGGUAGCGGUGUACUUGGUGGUAUCACUUGUAACAGUAGUAACGGUCCUGGCGUUAUUGGCAGCAAUUUGAACGGUAAAGGUAGUCCGUCGAGCAGCAAUCUACUUACCAAUAAUAGCAUUGUAAGCGUAUCCACAGCUAAUGGUGGUGCCGUACCGCGUUGCACCGCUUGUAAGAGUAAACAAUCAGAUGCUGUGGCGAGAUGUUUUGAGUGCAUUAGCUAUUUAUGCGCUAAUUGCGUUACAGCUCAUCAAUUUAUGCACUGUUUUAACGGGCAUAAUGUGUCAUUAAUAAAAGGUUUUGAUACGACCACAAAUAACGUGACCACAGCACCAUCAACGACACCAACGUCCUCAGUCAGCGCCACAAACAUAGCAGGCCCCACGUCCAGUAAUCUCACCACAAACGAUUUAAAGUUAUCUAGUUCGCUAACUAUGAUGUUGCAACAACAACAACAAGAACAACAACAGCAGCAGCAGCAACAACAACAACAGCAUCAGCAACAAAUCACCAAAUUUACGCAACUCUCCAAAAUGGUAAUGAAUUCGCAUCUUGUUGGUAGUAAUAAUACCGCUAUAUUGGGCGAUAAUGGUGAACAAUUGGAGAAUAGCAGGAACGCUGAUGAUUUAUUUGGCAAUAUAGUGCCACAAUUACGUUCAACAUCUUAUUGUCGUCGCCACAAAAAUGAAACUUUGAAAUUCAAUUGUCGCACAUGCUGCAAGAUUGCUUGCAAUGAAUGUGUCCUGCAAGAGCAUUCAGCUGGCUUACAUGAAGUUGAACAUAUACAAGAACAUCAAUUAUCGACAGUUUUCCCACCAAAUAAUACGUCGACAACAGCAACGUUCAGCAGCCAACAACAAUCGUCGUCCGAAACGGUAUUGCAAACUGUACUGACUGAAUUACGUGGAAAAAUUGCGGAAAUUGUAUCGCUGGUCAGCAGUAAUUCGGACAAUAAUUCCAGCAAAAUAAAAAUGCAAUAUCAAAAAGCACACAAUGAGGUCAAUGAGACUUAUCAAUUCUUCUGUUCGAUGAUUGACGAACGUAAGCAAGAGGUUUUGAAGGAGCUGGAGAGUUUAUAUAAUGCAAAAGUGGCAUCGAGCGGUGUCUGGUUACAGCGCUCCAAGGAACUCAUUGAGAAAGCCGUACAUACAUGCGAUAGUUUGGAACGUUCACCGAAAACACAUAGUGUCACCGAUGUUUUAAUGUUGCGCAAAAUGCUUGAACAACAGCUACAAACCGCUUUAAUGGAUAUGCAAUUGCCAUUUGAAUUGGAAUUUGUUUCAAAUUACCAGUCCAUACAGGCGGGUGUACGCAACACGUUCGGUUAUGUUAGACCAGGCAAUGUUGAAACAACUAAUGGUGGUCAAUUAGUUAAACAGCCGCCCAUUGCCAGACCAACACAGAGCUCAUCCAAUAGCAGCAGCAGCAAUAGUAGUCUCAGCGGUGUGGGUUCAACACAUUUGCCGCUCGGUUUGGGCUUGUCGAGUAGCCUUCUCGACACCUACAAUAAUGCUGUGGUUGGUAGUGGUGUAAACGGUGUUGGCGGUAUACUUGGACGUAGCGGCAAUCAUAAUUUGAUUGGUAACGGUGGCGCAAAUAGUAACGCAAAUUUCGAAGAUUUGAUGGCUAAACGUUAUCAUAACCAUGCAACGGCCGUCAACGGUGUUAUUGCACCAUAUGUCAGUGUUAAUCCUUAUGAGAAAUGGAGUAAUGGCGGUAGUGAUAAUAUUUUCUCUACUACAGAUCCAUUUUCAAGCGCACAAUUACUUAACUCACUGACAAGCAGUGUGGGCGCCAGUAGCAGCGCACUCAGUGCACUAACUGUACAAGGUAGCAAUGCAUCUACCGAUUCUUUAAUGGAUCUAACUUCGAAACUGCUGUCUACCUCCACUUAUCCACCUAAGUCACAAAUUAAGCGCCAGAAAAUGAUAUACCAUUGUAAAUUUGGUGAAUUCGGUGUGCUGGAGGGACAAUUCACCGAACCCAGUGGUGUUGCAGUAAACGCACAAAAUGAUAUAAUUGUCGCCGAUACGAAUAAUCAUCGUAUACAGAUUUUCGAUAAGGAAGGUCGUUUCAAAUUUCAAUUCGGUGAAUGUGGUAAACGUGAUUCGCAGCUCUUGUAUCCGAAUCGUGUAGCUGUCGUGCGUAAUUCCGGUGAUAUAAUUGUUACCGAACGUUCACCAACACACCAAAUACAGAUCUACAAUCAGUAUGGACAAUUUGUGCGUAAAUUCGGUGCGAACAUAUUGCAACAUCCACGCGGUGUCACCGUGGACAACAAAGGACGCAUCAUUGUGGUGGAGUGCAAAGUGAUGCGGGUCAUCAUUUUCGAUCAGAAUGGCAAUGUGAUUCACAAGUUUGGCUGCAGCAAGCACUUGGAGUUUCCCAAUGGUGUUGUGGUUAAUGACAAACAGGAGAUUUUCAUAAGUGACAAUCGUGCACAUUGCGUUAAAGUCUUCAAUUAUGAGGGUCAGUAUUUGCGACAGAUUGGCGGCGAAGGUGUCACCAACUAUCCAAUCGGUGUUGGCAUAAAUGCGAAUGGUGAAAUUUUAAUUGCUGACAAUCAUAAUAACUUCAAUUUGACGAUUUUCACGCAAGAAGGACAACUAGUGAGCGCACUGGAAUCAAAGGUUAAACAUGCACAAUGCUUUGAUGUAGCACUCAUGGACGAUGGCAGCGUCGUACUGGCUAGCAAAGAUUACCGUCUAUACAUUUACAGGUAUGUUCAGGUCCCACCAAUUGUUAUGUAAAUGUGGAGAAUAGUAAAGCAAACAAAACAAAACAAUUACGCAUAAUUACCUAAAUGUUAAGUCGGUGUAAUAUGUAAAGGAUAUGCAAGCUUGCAAGUCGUGUGGCAGUUACCGAAACUUGAAGCUGCAUCGAUGCCGGUAAACGUUUUUAUUUACAAUAAUCUAAUCUUAAUAUUAAAUGUUAUGUGUGUAUACGGUCGUACAUUGGUAAGGCCCCUUGCAUAAGAUAAUUAUUAUUACAAUUAUUAUAAUUAUUACUUUUUGCACAGAUAAGAUUUACACGCAAUUAUGCAUUGUAUGUACCUAUUAUAAAAGUGUACAUAUGUUUGUUGUACCCAGUUGUCCUGCUAUUUUUGAUACUUCGAAAGCAAAAGAGCAGCAAACUAUCACAGUAAAUUAGUUUGCUCCGGUAUCUACUGCUUUAAUGACCAUAUAUAUAUAUAUAUCAAUGUAGAAGUUGUAAGGUUUUGACACAACUAAAUGCUGCUAAAAAUUAUUGAGUUUAGUAUGAAAAACAAAAUAUUGAAGAAAAAACAAAACACAAUAACAACAAAUCUUAGCAUUAAUUAAAUUAGUGAAACUUAAUUAUAAACACGGAGACAUUUAAUGGUUUUCUUAUUAUCUACUUAUAAAUUAUUUGUUAUUUUUUAUACCUUUUGCUUGUUUAUUUUUAAUUUUAUUUUAUUUAUAAUUUAUAUAUGCGCACAACACUGGUUUGUUUUUUAUUUUUAUUGAAAUUAUUACUCAUGAUGAUGAUGGUAUAUGUAUUUUAGAUAAAUUUUAUUUCGAGCAAAGCAUUAAGCAUUGUUAGUUGUUUAAAAAAUUAGAUUUUUUUUAUUUUUAUAUAAACAUAGUUUGGGUUUCAUAGACUGAACUGAACUAUUUUGUGUGUAACUAAGCAAAAAUAAAUAAAAAAUGUUAAAUAUAAAAUUAAAAAAAAAAUAUAUAUAUAUAUUCUGCACAAUAAAAUGUUUUUUGGUAAGCUGUUGAUGAAAUGAACUUGUGUGAGAAAUAAAUAACUUUGAAUAAAGAAGAAGUAAACAUUUAGUUAAACGAAAAUGAAGCUAAAAAUUAAAUAAUAUUAAUAUAAACGAAAAGUAAAACAUAAAUUUUGGCAAUCAAAUAAGACUUGAAAACAACUUAGCAAAUAGUUUGUAAAUUUGCAUUUGAAAGUAGACGUUAUACUUAGUUAAAGAAAAAAAAAACAAAAUUAAACAUUAAUAUAAAAAAGAGUUAUAUUCAUAAAAUGAAUUUAGCUGUUGCAUUUGUUUAAUUUUCCAAAUGUUUAAUAGUGAUGUCGGUCUCGCAUAUAUUUAUACAUACAUACAUACACUUCUUGUAGUUAUGUGUAUGCAAUCCAUGCUUCUAUCCAAGUUUUUUACGAAACAUUAUUAGCUGUAUGUAGUGCACAGGUUGCGGCAUUAUUAAAACAAUUAUGUAACUAUGAUAUAUUUAUAUACAGACGUACAUAUAUGUAUAUAUACACAAGUUUAAUAAUGCUUAUGUACAAAAUAUUUGCUGUUGUUAAAUAUUUGUAGUGCAGUUUCAUUUACACACAUGCAGUCGUAGCAGUUUUCCCCCCAAACAACACAAACCAAUACAAUACCCAUGCAGUUACAUAAAUAUGUAUAUACGUAAACUAUUUGCCCAAAAACAUACAUAUGUUUUGUACAAGUGUACUAAGUUAUCGAUAUACAAAAUAUUACUUGCAGAAUUAAUAUUAGCUUUAUGGCUGAGUUAUGGAAAAAGUCUUGAUAAACAAAAUUAUGCGAAUUUAAUGCAUACAUUAAUGUCUACAUAUGAAUUUUCCAGCUCAUUUGUAUGUAUAUAGCGGUUUUUUAAAGUAAAAAAAAAUGUAUAAGUGGCCAAAUUUUCUUGUACGCAAAAAUGUUUGCAGUGUGUUAAUAUUAUUAUGUGUAUGCUGUCAACAAAUGUACAUACAUUUAAUUAAAAAAUCUAAACGCACGCGCGCACACAUUCAAAUAUAUAUUUAAUUUCAAUAAUUUGUUACUUUUUUGCUGUUAACGGUAAAUGCGUUUAUCACUGAUAAAAUUUUAAUUUUAUUGUUUUUUCAAAACACUUCUAACGAUCAGAAUAUUGCUUUCGUUGCAGCAAGUUCUAAAAGAAUCACUUUAUAGUUUUUGACAAAAAUGAACGAAUUUAUCAUUUCAUAUUAAUCACAUGGUCUAAUAUUUUUUAUUGUACACGUUCAUGCUUAACACGUUUGUAACAAUUUUGCAUAUUAACCGUUCUUUAAAUUAAUCAUUACAGCUUAAAUUUCAAUAUGAGAAAAGCAUAAAUAUAUCAAUGCAUUGAGUAAAAAUAAAUUAACUUGAAAUUGUUGAUUAUGUUAAUUAUUUGCUUGCACGUGUUAAAUUUUUUAAAUACUAUGUAACUGUAAAGGUUAUGUUGAAGAUAGAACUUUUGAAUUUUGUUUUCGUAAAAAAUGAAUUAUCUCUAAUAUUGUUUUUGCAUUGAACACAAUUUUCGCAUUACCCAUGCAUAUGUAUUUAAUACACAUUUUUUGAUACGACACUGACAUUUAUAUUUGCUUCCGUUUUAAUUUGACUAUUACUUUUCGUUAUUUUGACCGUGUCGUUACUUGAGAUUAUGCUAUACGAAGUUUUAUGUAAUUCAUUUAAAAUUAAGAAAUAAAUAUUUGUUUAUUAAUAUUUUUGUGCAAACUUGAUUUCCAAUCUAGUAUUCAUAAACUUCUUAUAUCUUACAAAGUGCAACGUUUAUAAAAAAAUUUGCAGAAUUUUCAUAAAUUAACAACAAUUUACUUUUUUCAUUGCAUUCACAUAACGAUUUUUUUACAAGCGUUGAAAGUUAAAAAAAUCUUUAUUAAAUCAUUAAUUGGUACUAAAAAUAUUAAAAGAACUUUAAACAUUUAUAAAUAGUAUUUUUUCCUUCAAGCAAAAGCCAAAAACGCAAUUUAUGUGUGAAUGUCGCGAAAAUGCAGCAAAAGAAAUAUUAAAAUAUUUUACAUUAGAAAAUACUACUAAACACAUACAAUAUACAUAUGUAUGCAUACAUACACUGAAGGCUUUUAAGAAUCUCAAAGCAUAAGGAAUUUCGAAAGAUUAAUACAACAACAUACAGGCGUGGCGUGUCUAACGAACAAACAAACCCAUACGCAAUAAUGACUUCAAUUAAAAAAAAAAAUAUUAUAUAAUGUGCUGUAUUUAUAAACACUUGUUUAUAACCUAUAAUAAACGGCGAUACAAAACUUAUUGACUACUGUUAGAAAUCGAAAAAAAUGAAAGAAAUCAAUAGUUAAUAAUAAAUAGUAUAGCAUUUAAAGUAACUGCAUCAACCCACUAUGCGAUAGUUUUUAUAUGCUCACACAAACACAUUUUUGCAUGCAAACAUGAAAAAUAAUUGUAUUGUUACCGUUAUUGGUACUAAGCCAAUUAGUAGUGAGGUGUGUUUUUUAUAACUGCAACAACUACUGUGCGAAAGGCAUGUGUAUGACAGAGAUUUUUUAUUAACAAACGUUUUUUGAAAUUUGACUAAGCACAGUAAUACUAAAGAAGUGGUGUGUAUGCUUAUUAGCAGUAAAAAAAAAAAACAAAAAUUGACAAAAUACAAAUCUGUUUGAAAAGUAAGAGGAAUUUUUGCAAAAAAACAAUAUCUCCUUUAAUGUUUGAAAUCAAUCAACACUGCUGCAAAUCGACUUAUUAUUACUACAUACAUACAUACAUAAUCUAACUCGAAUUAAACUUAUUGAACUGUUGUUUAUUAAAUUAUACGAAAUAUAGAAAGGUUUUUUAAAGUGAUGGAAAGUUUAAGAAAAAGAAAAAAAAUUAAAUAGUACGGACAAAAGGCACAAAUUAUUAUUAACACUCAAAGCAAAAGCGGCAAAGAACAUAAGAUUGAUAAUUUAAUAAAACAAAAAAAAAAAAGCAAAAACAAUUCGAAAUUCUGUAAGUAGUGUUUAUAUUUUUGAUAAAUGUUAUUAAAACUCCAAAAUGAAACACAAAUUCAAACUACAUAAAUAUUGUAGCAGUUACGAAAAACUUUGAUACAUAAAUGCAAAAGCAAAGGCGAAGAAAUAAAAACCUAAAAUAAUGCAAAGACGUGAAUAAGCAACGUUGGUUGUUGAAAUGAAACUAAAAUAAUAUUUAUGAAACGAAAGAAGAAGCAUGAAAAUAUUGUUCAACCCGAAUGCGGAUAUAUGCAUAUACAUAUGUAUAUUAAUAUUGUUGAAAGCGUACAAUUGCAACAAUUGCGUGGGGACUAGUACCAAAAAGUGUGCAAAACAAAAGUGAACGCAACUAAAUUAAUUUAAUACUGUUUUAUUUUGCAAUAGCAUUUUGUUUGUUUGUUGAAAAGUUAUUUAAUUUUUAGUUUCAGCGAAAAAAGCAAAAAAAAAAAACUAAAGUAGUUUAGCCAGCGCUGCAUUUUAACUAGUUUUCCAAGUUUUCCCUCCACCAACCAAACGUUUUAGCAUAUUAUUAUAGAAAUGUAAAAGUUGAAUGAAAGAUAUUGAUCUCAUUUGUUGUGCGUUGCGGCCUACUGAAGCCAAUUUAAUAUCAAUGUUGUAGAAUGAAACAAAAACAAAGAAAAAAACUUCAAAAGGAAUGUAAAUUAUGAACUAUGUAGUCAGCGACUGGUGUUAAAGUUUAUACAGUUUUAUUACAAAGCAAAGCAAGUUAAUCUAUUAUAAAUCUAUGAGUUAUUAUAUGCAAAUAUUUUACAUAACGGUACUAUGCAAUUUGCAACGGCGGCUUAUAUGUUUAUGAAUUCAAACGGCUUAUAUGUUUAUGAAUUCAUCAUACAUCUACUAAAAUACGUGAAUACAAACAUAACUGUGGACUUUUUGUACAUUGUAAAGCUGUCUUUUCAAAUUUCGAAACAAAAGUUUUGGCAAAGAAAACUAAAUACGCAGCGGUUUGGAAAUUUCGUUUUUACUUAAAUUUGUAAACUGAUAAAAUGACUUCAGGUCGCCGUUGUGACAUGGAAAUGUUAAGUUGUGUGCUUCCAAAAGCACUUCGUUAAACACCUGUUGAAAUGCUCAAUAAUUCUGAAAUCUGAUUUGAUAAAAUAAGAUUUUAAAUUAAAAAAAUAUUGCAACUUUAUAAAAUUUUGAACAAUUUUCAAAGUUUUUUUUUAAUAAAAUUAAUUCAACAACAGGAAAUACACAAGAAUUUACAAACUUUAAUUAUAUAAUAAAAAUUACAAAAUAUGUUUUGCAAAAAAUUAAUUAAAUAAUAUUGAAUAUUGAUUUUAUACUUUUUUGAGAUUUUUACGAAUUUUCACAUUUUUUUUUAUUAAUUAAACAAUAGGAAAUACAAAAAGUGAUUUAAAGAAAAGAAUAUAAUUUUUUGACAAGAAAUUAAUUAAAUAAUAAAAUAAAAAUUUAUACCACAAUUUCAUGAGAUUUUGACAAGUUUUCAUAUGGUUGUUUUUCUCAAAAAAUGAUUAAACCAUCCCUACGGAUAAAAGCUAAUUUUAAUGAACUUAUAAAAAUACAAAAUUUGUUUUAAUUAAAUAUGAAAUAAAUUGGUGAUAAAAUUUAAUUAAAUGAUAACAAAUAAUAUAUUAUAUUAUUUUAAAUUUCUGCUAAAAAUUAAAAUUCAAAAUUUCAAAAGUCCACAUAUUUGUUUGUAAGUUUAUGUGUUAUGUAUGUAACAAAUAUUUGCUAAAUAAAAUACACUAAUUUAUUACGUUAAGCGUUGUUAUGCACAAUUCAUAAGAAAUCGAAAACCAUAUGGUACACACACCAUACAUACAUAUGAAUAAUUUAUUUAUCGAACGUCUAGCGAAUUGCAUAAAGACCUGUUAGUAAUAGUAUAGUAUUUGCAUUCGUGGGUGGUUAUAGUUUUUUUUUUCAUUAUUUAUUUCGUUAUUAAACAACAAUUUGAGGUCAAUUUAAGCUAAAAAAAGGGGUUAAGAGGCAUGGAAAUUAAUUUGAAAUGUAUCGUGUAUAUAAAGCUUGUAGUUGUUUCAGCAAAUAGACUUUUUUCUACUUAAGCUGUGUGCGCACACGCCCACACAUACUACUGCAUUGACAUGUCUAAUGUAUGAAAAGCUGAAAAUAGUUUCCGUUUUGCUGCAUUCAACAGCUUAACAAACAACAACCAUACAUACUUGAAUGUGCAUAUGCUGUAGCAAUGCAAAAUUUUUUUACAGCAUUUGUAUGUUGGCAAUUAUGCACAACACCCUAAACUAGCAUAUAUCAACUGUCACAUGUUGUACAGUUAGUUUUUGAAAUAUGCAAUGCGCAUGCUAAAAUGUUAGAAUGUAAUUUUUAAGGGUUUUUUAGCUGCGUUAUAUAUAACUAUAUACCAUACAUAUACCUUCUGAAACUAUUUCUACUAUAUAAAUCUACUGUAAUGUACUAAGUAGAUCCAUAGAAUAUAGACACGUAUAUAUAUAUAUAUAUGCAUACAUAUACAUAUAUAUGUAAAUGUUCGUUGGAUAAAAAAUAUUUAACUAUAUGACUGAUUUUUAUAAACAUUCGUAUACAUAUAUACAUACAUACAUACAUACAAUACAUUCAAACGUUUAAGUCGUAUGUGAGUUUAAAUGUUAUUUGUAAUAUCUAAAUAUAUAUAUACACAUACAUACAAACGUAUAAAGUUGUACUAAAUGCAUUAAUUAUUAGAUUAUAUAUAUAUAUACAUUUAUAUAUACAUACAUACAUAAACACACAUACUUUAUUACCAGAAAAGAAAAUAGAUAACCGUGUGAUGCUGGAUGCUGCUUCUAAAAAUUGUAGUGAUUACAUACAUGCAUAAAUAUAUACUAAAUACAGUGUUAUACAUGUAUAUUGCAAACUUUUGCAUAAACGUUUUGAACACUCUCUUGAAAGUUCGGUAACGUUUGAGACUAAACUAAGUGAAAAACUGCUUUUAUCCGUUAAGUUAAAUGUUAAACGAAUUUAAUGCGAAUUUGUGUUGUCUGCAACUAAUUUAUUUCAAUUGCUUAUUUAAUUCUUGUUUGUUUUUUCGUUUGCAUUUUUAUAAUGCCUAAUCUAAGCAGUGUUGACAUACAUAUGCAAAAAGUAAUUCACUAUUUUGGUACUAGUUUUUAGUUAUUGGAAUUUAAAAUACGACUGCGAUAGCGUAAGCUAACCAAAAAUAAAUGUUUUACCUAUUGUAAAGUCUGCAUUUGCACAUUUACAUAUAAAUAAGUAUGUAGUACAUACAUACAUACAUCAAUUUAUGUACUGAGCUACUUUAAUGAAAAAGUUAAUUGUUACUUAACACAUGCAAAUAAUAAUACUCCGUAGUAGUUUUUUUUAUAUAAAUAUUUAUAUUUAACUGUUUUUUCAUUAUUAUUAAAUAAUAUUUGCUUAUUAUUUUGAAUUUUUGUUUUUAGUUCUUACAGUUGUAACGUUUAGACUGUUCUACCUAAUGUAAUAAUAAAUGAAAAACAUGUAUAUGUAUACAUACGUACAUAUACAUACAUAUAUACAAUGCAAAAACAUAACGAAAAGUAAUAUACAUAAAAAAGUGUUGGAAGUGUGAAAGUGUAUGAAAAUUUAAAUUGAUAAAGGCGCGAUAAAAAAAUAAAAUAACACAAAAAACAGUUUAUGCGAAACAAGUUUUUAGAACUUAUGAAGAGUGACUCAUUUAGGGAAUUUUUAAAACCAAAAUCUUGAAAUUUAAAAUUACGCACACACGCCGCAUUUUAUACAACACAGUGUUGUUAAGUGCCGUUGUGCAACUCCAAUGUUUCGCGAUGUUUUCUAAAAUAAACAAAAACAAGUAAAAAAAUAAAUAAAUUAAACCGAUUUAGUAAUGAAUUGUUUUUCUGUUUUAUUUUUUUUUUUUAACUAUUAAAAUGUUUAUAACUACCAAUUUUAUAAGGUCGCGCAAUUAUUUUAUGCUCUCUAGCAUAAGUUGGCUUUUUAUAUAUUUACAAAUAUAUAUAUAUAUAUAUUUCUCCUGCCGAAUCGAAUUAAAGAGUUUAUAAUAUUAAUAAAAAAAAAGUAAAAAAAAAACAAAAACAAUCAAACAAAAAAAUAUAUAUUAAUAUUUUUGUAUGCAUUUGUAAGAUUGAUGUUUACUCUUGUAGCUUAUAAGUAAUAUUGACAAAAACAAAACUAAAACAUACAUACUUAGAAUGAACGUGUAAAACCUAAAAAUGUUUAAAUGUAAUUGUUGGCUUUUAUAUAUAUACAUACAAAACAUACAUACAUACAUACAAUUAUAUAUCAUUACUUAAUAAGUAUGAAACGUGUGUGGAACAUGCAGCAAAUAUGGAAAUACCGACCAAUAGACUCAUAAAUGCCUAUGUUUCUACUAAUAAUUUUAGAUGAUUACCGUUAAACUACCUAAAAUCUAGUUUAUAUACUUGCAUACAUAUACAUUUCAAUUUGCAAAAAUAAAACAAAAAGAAAUGAAUUAAAGAAAAUAAUAAUUACCAUAGCAUGCAAGCAAAAAUGUGUGACGAAUUGACUCUGCUGGCGACUGCCCUACUGUUGGCACUUUAUUAAUUAACUAUAAUUAAAAUAUUAUAAAUAUAAAAAAAAUAAUAAUAAUAAAUGGCUCUCUUGGUAUUUAAGUAGCAGCAUGUGCGCGUUAGUAAUAUAAAGCAAUUAUAUAUAAUGUAAUGAUUAGUAAUGAAAUGUGCAUACACACACGCAUACAUAAACAUGCAUACAUUAUAGCUGUUUAUUAUUAUGUUUAUAGUUAUUGACUAUUAUCAUCAUUAGCUAUGUGUAACAACAGGUCUUGCGUUCCACCUGCUGUUGCUCUUUAUGCAUUUCUCAAAUAUUGUUGUCUAUUUUAUUUCGAAUUUUUUUCUCUAUUAUGAAUUUAAUAUUAAUUACACACAAAUAUACAUAUAUAUGUAUACAAUGUUUAGUUAGUGUUUUGUAACUUAAUUGAAAUUGAAUUACUUUUGUGUAAUUUUACUGCAUUUUUAAAUCGUAAUGCAUUUCUAUGUAGCUUCUCCCUACAUAUAUUUAUAUACAAACCUAAAGUCGUGUUAUUAUUAUUAUUCUCUUUUUUAUAUGUAGCAACGCUCCUAUUAGUUGAUAAACCAAUAAGAAAAAUGUAUUCUUAAUUUCGAUUUAUUUAUUGUUACAACUGUAACGUUGCGAAAGUAAAACAACAAAACAGACCAGCAUGCGAAAUGUUAAAGAAAUCGUCGUUACAAUGAAAUUAUCUUGUAAAGUACAUUAUUAAUAAGCAAUUUUUAAAUUGCUUUGUUGAAAGGAUUAGCACGAUUAGUAUAUGGAUAUGAGUAACUGACAUAAAAUUAUCAUAAAGUAUAAAAAAAUAUUAAUUAGUGCAUUAUAUUUUUCUACCGCUUCGUAAAAUAAUAUAAUUGUCAAAAUAUCUAGUAAAAAAAAAAUAAUUAUAAAAAAAAAUUAAACUGAAAACAAAAUAAAACGAAAAAAGUAAGAUGGAAAUACUGCUGCUUAACGUUGUAUGCAAAAUAAAUUCCAUACGCAUGUUGUUCCCGCCAAUAUCGUAUUGAUGCUGUUUAAAUAUAAGAUUUUUUACAUUAAUAUUAUUGUUAAUAUAUACUUCCUUUCCACUCUUCCUCUCCUACCCUAACUACCUUUCCGCCGUUAUAUUAUCUUUAUGUCCUCGUUUUCCUAUAUGCUCUUUAUUAUAACCUAACAUAUUUUUUACUACCAUUCGGGUAUUAUUGCUAAGCUUAACUCACUAUCAUAUUCGUUGUAUCCUAUUUUGAAGUGUUCUCAAAUAUCUUAUGUAAAUGUAAAACAUUGUUUGUCUUAAUAAUAAUGUUUUUUUUGUGUGUAUUUGUAUUUGCAUUUAUAAUUACAAUGUUGAAACUUAGAAGAAAAAGCAUCAAGUAAGAUUUACAAUGGAAAAUUGAAAUGUGUUAAUAUGAGCAACGUUUUUAUAUAUCAAGUAUUUUUAUUAUGCAAUCUAUAUUUGUCCAUGAAAGUUAAUUUUUAUUUUUAUUAACUGUUUGUUUUGUUAUCUUUGUAUAUUUUUGUAAAAGUAAAGUUUAAUUUUUGUUCAAAAAAAUAUUUGCAUUUUUAUUUAUUUUCUGCGUUUAUUUUUCUUUCAGUCUUGGUAAUAUAGUUUUGAGUAUUUUGCUUAUGCAAUUCUCGUAGUAAUUUUUAACAUUUCGCCGCUACUAUUCACUCGCAUCCAUCGACUUAAAAGUAGAUGUAUUGAAAAUUAUGCGUUUCUUAAUAAUAAUAUUUCGUAGAGCCAGUUUUCAGCGCAGUACUAUAACAUUAAUUUUGGUUCAAAUCCGCCAAACUGAGCUAAAAAACUAUGUUUUAAUCAGGAUUGUGCUCUAUAUGUCGGAGAUCUACUGUAACAUCGGAAAAAAUACGACGAAUAAAUAAAAUUAGAAGCUUUAUAAAUUAUAAUUCAUAAAAAUAAAGUAUAAUGCUGGCUGAGCACUACUGGUUUAAAUAGCAAUCAGAUUUAAACGCUAAUGGUUAUUAAACAUUUCUAGUUAAAAAUAUAUAUUUUACGCCGUGAUGAAUAAAUCAUUUUCCUUUAAAGAAGCUCCAUUGAUAUAAAGAGGUACAGCAAAAAUUACGGAAUAUGGAAUGACGUGAUUUCAAAUCGAGGUAAACUCGUCAAAUUGGACUAAUAUUCUAUAUGCUUUAUCCAAUUGGAUUAAACUCCAGUUUAUCGAUGUUUUGAAAUUCCACUAUCAAUUUUCUUAAACUCUAUACAGAUGUUCUUUCAUUAUUUAUGCAGAUGCAACCUUGCUUUGGUAUAAAAACUGGUGGCGCGACUGGCAAAUUUGACUACGCAGUCAACAACCAUCUUUUAUUUUCAAAUUAUUCAACAUUUUCAUACAAUCAAAACGUCAAAUUUGAUUUGUUUGUACGUGGAGAUAGUCGAAUCGAACAAAGAAAUAAUAAUAUAUAUAAUAAUAAAUAAAUUUGCAUAUAAUAUGGUAUAAUAAUAUUCAUGUAGAUACAAAGUAAAUGGCUCUCCUAUUUUGAGUUAAGCCUGAUAAUUUAUUUUCACGGAAAAGCAGCCUGCGAAUAUGGAAAAGUGGCAAAUCGAACAUAGCUAUCAGGGUUCUUAUAAUUUUACUAUUUUUUUUUAUAUGUUUUUGAGUAUUUGUUUUGCCAAAUACGACAGGUGAUUUUUCCAUUAGUCUGAAAUUUAAAAGUUCUGCAAGGGAAAAAGGAACUAAUUCAAACUCUCAAAAAUGGGAGUUAACGAGCUAAUUUUUCAUUGUGAAGUUCUGAAAGAGAGAGAGCCUUCUUUCAAAAGUCGGAGCUUAUCAGCACUUUACCUCUAAAUUAUAGUAAAAGUAGUAUGUUUUAAUAUCAGACUUACAAAAUAUAUAUUUCAAUUAUAACAGAUCUGUAAUAUAUUGAGUGGAAAUGUAUUUACUACAUAUUUAACGGAGUCUGGUCAUUGAACCAAUG